CACGUAUUCCACCGAAGGAAAUUUCACUCCCUCGUACGUGUAAGGCCUCGCAGCUAACCCGUUUAAUCCAGAUGAGUGAACUAAUCUGGACCCAGCUGUCUGACCAAAGAGCUCGUUUCCGCUGGCAGCUACCCGCCCUCGAUGCGGUCCAAGAAGCUGCCGAAGCCUUCCUCGUCUUCUUCUUUGCUGAAGCGAACAUCGUUAUCCACCACGCGGGUCGAGAAACAUUGACGAAGAAGGAUAGUGUAUGCACGAAAGGUCCAGGUCUGCCUCCCGACUUCAAGCGGACUUCGUCAAAAUCGCAGAGCAAGAAAAGCUAUUAAGCUAAUCACGAUUUUCGUCUAAUAAUACUAAAAUAAUAAUAACGUAACGUACUUUAUUAUCGAAA